CCCCACUUCCUCCGGCCUCCAGGUCUCACUUCCUUCUCGAGCCCCGAGCCGCUGCCGCCGCCCCCAGCUCCCCCGCGGCGGGGAGGGCACCAGGUCACUGCAUCCGGAGGGGCCCGGAAGGGGAAGGAGGCCUUGCCUCCAUUGUAGCAGCUGCGCCCACGAUGCAGAGCAUCAAGUGUGUGGUGGUGGGCGAUGGGGCUGUGGGCAAGACGUGCCUGCUCAUCUGCUACACAACUAACGCCUUCCCCAAGGAGUACAUCCCCACGGUGUUCGACAACUACAGCGCCCAGAGCGCUGUGGACGGGCGCACAGUGAACCUAAACCUGUGGGACACAGCGGGCCAGGAGGAGUACGACCGGCUGCGCACGCUCUCCUACCCUCAGACCAACGUCUUUGUCAUCUGUUUCUCCAUUGCCAGUCCGCCCUCCUACGAGAACGUGCGGCACAAGUGGCACCCAGAGGUAUGCCACCACUGCCCUGAUGUGCCCAUCCUGCUGGUGGGCACCAAGAAGGACCUGAGAGCGCAGCCUGACACCCUCCGGCGCCUUAAGGAGCAGGGUCAGGCGCCCAUCACACCGCAGCAGGGCCAGGCCCUGGCCAAGCAGAUCCAUGCUGUGCGCUACCUCGAGUGCUCGGCCCUACAGCAGGACGGCGUCAAGGAAGUGUUUGCUGAGGCUGUCCGGGCCGUGCUCAACCCCACACCCGUCAAGCGUGGGCGGUCCUGUGUCCUCUUGUGACCCUGGCACUCGGCUUGGAGGCUGCCCCUGCCCCCCCCACCAGUUGUGCCUUGGCGCCUUGUCUGCCCCCAGCUGUGCCUUAAGGACUAAUUCUGGCACCCCUUGCCAGGGGGGUCCCUGAAUGCCCUUUUCUCUGAAUGCCUGUUUCUCAAAUGAGGCCCAUAGGGAAGGGGACUCUGGGCCCUGCCCCACUCUGCUUGGGAACACCAGGUAUAUCUAAGAGCUCACCCAGGCCAAGGUUGGACCCCUCUCCAAGAAGCCAACCCAUGUGCCCCUCCCCCAUCUCCUCUACUGACCAGUUGAUCCAGCUUUCCACACAGAUGUUGCUGCCUAUUGUGGUGCCUUCUCUCAGGUUAGGAGCCUUCAGCUGUCCCUAACCUCUCCCUCGCUGCUCUUUGAAUUGCUCCCCCCUCAAAAUGCUCUCUCCCUUCCCCAAAGAAGGAGCCACAGAAUCCUGAGAAGAUGAAUGUGCCCUAACCUACCCCCCUGUGCCCAGGCCUUAUGCAUCUGCUGACUGACUCAGCCCCCACUUCCCCAGGCUCCUGGGGGGCCUUUCCUACCCCCAUCAGCAUCAAUAAAACCUCCUGUCUCCAGUG